AUGUUACUCUUAUUCUAACCUUUAUCCAACAUUACAAUAUCUAGAAAUACAGAAGGAAUUUUAAAUUUCUUAAUGCUCAUUCGAGUAUUUUUAUUUGCCAGCAACUUAACAAUGCAUUAAAUCGUCAUAAUUAAAUGAGUAUUUAGCCCACAAUUGAGUUUCUAAAAAUUAUUUUGUAUAUAUUGUUUAUUGAAUCCUUUAAUUUGGUAUAUAUGUACUACAGAUUUCAUCACAUAGUAAGUAUCUAUAGAGCAGGAUGCAUAUACUUAAUAAAUGAGAUCUACUCUUCAUUAUAGUAGUUAAUAAUAUGCUAUAUGAUCUUACAUUGACAGGAAUUUUCAGUUAGUAUUAUUGGAUGAAGUUUAUGAUUAUGUGAUAUUAAAAAUAUAUCCAUAUAAGGAUGUAAAGAAUUAGAUGUUUAACAUUUAUAAAGUGAUGCAUUUAGAUUUUGUCAACAAAAUCGAUAUUACAAUAAUUUUAGCUGUAAUUUAUUAGAUAAUGCAUUUAUUGAAGUUAAUUAAGUUGAAUAAAAUGUCUUGAAUGCUUAAGUGGGAAUUAUAUAUCAGAUGAUGGUACAUCUUGCUUAUAAUGUCCUAAAUCAUGUUAAAAUUGUUAUGGCUUAAACAAAUGCUCAUCUUGUGAACCAAAUUUUUGAUAAAAAAAUGAAUAAUGUGUUAGAUUUGAAAAUUUUGUAAAGUUUGCAAAUAUUGAAUUGAUUUUGACAUUAUUUAAUGUCUAAGUUGUAUUGACAAUCUAUUAUAUUAUUAAUCUUUAGAUGCACAAAAUUGCAAAAGAAAUGAAAUAGAAAAUUGUUUAUACACAUUUGAAGAGUCUCCAUCUUAAUUAUUUCUUAAUUCUUUCGACUAUAAUUUUUCUCCAUAUUAUGAUAUAACAAAUACUCAAUGUUCAAAUGUAAAGACGGUUACUAUUUUAAUGAUUACUAUAAAAGUUGUUUUAAAGGUGAAUUAGAAAAUUGCUACUAAUUUUAUGAAAAAUAUCAAUUAGUUUUUUUUGAGCAGAUUUGUAUAUUUGGUCCAUAUAAUAUAAAUACUCUUGUUUAUUCAUUUAGUGAUUAAGGCCAGAGCAUCAAAUUACAUUGUAUUGUUGCUUAAUUGACUAAGAAUCUCUAAAGACUGUUGAUUAUACAGUAAAAGAUGUCUUGUUUAUGAAAUUGGUUAUUAUGCAGAAAAAUUAACAGGUUAUUGUUAAUUAUGUCCUUUAGAAUUAUAUUGUCUAACUUGUUAUCAAUAGAAUAAAUAUGCUAAAGAUAAUUGGAAAAAUGAGAUUCGUGCCUUUUACCGAACUUACUUCAAUUCAUUUUAAAUCGAGCAUAAAUAUUGAAUUUGGAUUAAGUAAAGAUAAGACUGAUUAUGAGAUACUUUGUUCAAUAUUUGAAUAAGGGUAAGGUAGAACAAGCUAAAAGUAUUUUAAAGGUCAAUUUAAAAGAAGUUUUAUAAAAGUUCUUAAGGUUCUUAUUUUUAAAUUACAUUCUAACACCCAUUACCCAAUACAGUGA